GAACAGCCUAGGUUAAGGACCUUUAUAUAUGUGUAAGCUGCUGAAUAAGUAGGUAUCUACGAUUCGAUUCAGCUCAUUGUCCAUGGAUGGAUCGACAGGCUUUGUUCAAGGUUGCCUCCGUUUCUCGUAGUUGAACGCCAUCAUGCUCCUAGGGCUGGAGAUGUUCCAGGUAGAUUGCCCUGCGGCUUACCUGUGCUCGUGCUCGUGUGUGUAGGUAGGUAAGGAGGCAGGAAUAUUACGUCUGUAUCAGCCAAAAGCUUACCUACCGAAAGGGGGAGGGCGUGGUACCUACCUACAUAUUUCAUGUCAAAAUCUAAAUUCGAAGUGUUAGCCCCUUACCUACCUACCUACCUACUUACACAACCGGACCCUUCGAUCUAGCCCAAACUCCAAACUAUGCCAUCCUCACCAUGACAACAACAACCGGCACCAGCAUAACCAGCACCGAACCUCCUUUCCCCCUAACAACAACCUUCACACCACCACCAGGAUGCUCAAGCCUAUACCUCGCCGCCGACUGCGCAGUCGCAACCUCGUGCUUCGCGCAAGCCUUCCCGGACAACCUAUGCGCACGAGAUGAUGCUCAUGUAAGUACCGGGAUCCUGGGGUGCUACCCGGCGACGGCGACGGCGACAUUGGGGGACUCCUGGAUCACGACACCGCAGCGCACGUACUCCCCGGGCUACGUAUGUCCCGUAGGGAUGACCACGGCGGCGAGCGUUAUGUCACCUGCGGGGUGGUGGUGUUGUCCUAGCGGCUUAACCUGGGCUGCCAACCCACCCUGGUGCUCGACGGUGCUGACGGGCGGGACUUUCAUCUCGACUGGAUACAGCUGCAACACGACGGACAGCACGUUUGCGUUCGUCGCAACCACCGAAAUCGUAAUAUCCGUGUGGAGUAACUUGGCGCUCGUGACGCGGUCGAUACCGGCGCGGGACAUCGUGUUGACGGCGCGGGCUGAGGGGAUAUUUCUCAUGGGGGGAAGUGGUGGCAGUAGUGAUAGUAGUGAUGGUGGUAGUAGUAGUAUGUCCACGUCUACAAGUACGAGUACGAGUACGGAAACAGGAGGCGGGGGCGGGAGCGGGGGCGGGGACGGAGCGGAAAAUGAGGUGGUGGUGGUUGGAGCGUCGUUGGGAGCGGUGCUAGGGGCGGUACAUAUUGCCGGACUUUGUGCCUUUUGGUUUUGGUUCAGGAAGAAACGGGAUUUGAAGAAACAGCAGCAGCAGCAGCAGCAGAAGGGUGUAUUAACGGCGGUGAGAGGGGGGAGGGGGAAUGAGCGGUACGAGAAGACGGAGCUCGAUACCUCGCUGCAGGCUGUACGGUCGGAGCUCGAGGGAACGUUGGGGGAGAGUGAAGGUGCGGGGAUCUAUGUCGAGAAGGCGGAGUUGAAAGGGACAGAUGAGGAUAGUGGUAAGGGUAAAGGUAAAGGUAAGCGUGUGCUUGUUAAGAGAAAGGCGGAAUUAGAAGGGGAAUGAGGUGUUGCGGAGUUAGAGGCGAGUCCAAGGUGAGAGGGCAAAGAAGAAGACGAGAAGGGCUACGCCGAAGCCAUGGUUU